AUGUCUUCUUUGCUUGACGACUGCACGCUACAGCUCUCCCACAAUGGCGCCUACCUGGACUUGGAAUCCACCCUAGCAGAGCAGCGGGACGAGCUGGAAGGCUUCCAGGAUGAUGCUGGGCGGGGCAAGAAGCACAGCAUCGUCCUGAGGACACAGCUGUCCGUGAGGGUCCAUGCCUGCAUUGAAAAGCUGUACAACUCCAGUGGACGAGAUUUAAGAAGGGCCCUUUUCUCCCUGAAGCAGAUAUUUCAGGAUGACAAGGAUUUGGUGCAUGAAUUUGUAGUGGCUGAAGGUCUGACGUGUUUGAUCAAGGUGGGAGCCGAGGCAGACCAGAACUAUCAGAACUACAUUCUGAGGGCUUUGGGCCAGAUUAUGUUAUAUGUGGACGGGAUGAAUGGAGUAAUAAACCACAAUGAAACCAUUCAGUGGCUGUACACUCUCAUUGGGUCAAAGUUCCGCCUGGUGGUGAAAACAGCCCUGAAGCUGCUGCUGGUCUUUGUGGAGUACUCGGAGUCCAAUGCACCUCUUCUGAUUCAGGCUGUCACCGCUGUUGACACUAAAAGAGGAGUCAAGCCCUGGUCAAAUAUCAUGGAAAUCCUGGAGGAAAAAGAUGGAGUCGACACAGAGCUGCUGGUUUAUGCGAUGACUUUAGUGAACAAGACGCUAUCAGGAUUGCCAGACCAAGACAGCUUCUACGAUGUGGUGGACUGCCUGGAGGAGCUGGGCAUUGCAGCCGUGUCCCAGCGGCACUUGAGCAAGAAAGGGACCGACCUGGACCUGGUGGAGCAAUUUAACAUUUAUGAGAGGCUGAGGAAGGGUAUUAUAGACCUGGUUCUGAGUGUGGUAGCAGCACCCACACCGGGGAGCUUUACAAAGUACAGGUUCUGGGGCCCCACCCCAGACCUCCUGAAUCCCCAAGUCCAAGAGGAGGCCCGGCAGUCUGCAUUCUUUCCUCAUCUCAGAUCUGUCUCCUCUCUCCUAUCAGACUGUGUUCUUUUCAUUUCAGCUCAACUCUUUGGUUUUUUGCUUCAUCUUCCUGUUUGUAACACUCACCUUGCUUUUCCAUCUUGUCUCUGUGCGUUUCUCUUUGCCUUGCCUUGUCUCAGGGAAGAGGAGGAGGAAGAAGAGCAACCGGUCACGGAGCCCAAUUCAGAGGAAGAGAGAGAGGAGGAUGCCCCCUGUCAGGACAAGGACAGAGAGACGUGCCCCGCCUCAGAGCAGAGCCCCCCUGGAAAGGAUGCCUCUCCUGACAGCCCAGCUCUCCCCACUGCCUCAAGCGCCACCUCCCAGGGAAAAUGCUGUCCAGCCAGCCCUGCUCUGGGGAGCCCCUUGCACAGCAGGACCUCUGGGCCUGCCCUCGUGCUGCCACCCCUGGCCCCGGGCUCUGCCUCUCGGCCCUCUGCCUCCGCGCCUGGCCCCCCGAAGGCAUCACCGACCAUAGAAAAGCUGCCCUAUGUGCCCCACAGCCCUUUCCACCUCUUCUCCUACGACUUCGAGGAUUCGCCCUUACCCACCAAGGAAAAGGAUGCUGAGUCCCAGAAGGAAAGCAGUCCCUCUGAUUCUCUCCAUCUGAGCACAUACUCUGCCUCUGAGCCUUACAACUUCCGGUCUUUCUCUUCUAAUAGAUACAACAGCUUUGGCAACACCUCUUAUCACUCAAGACCCUCUGGAUCUGCUGUGUCCGCCACCCCCACGUCGUCCCUUUCACCUUCGCAGGAGGCCAGGCUGGAAAGGUCUUCACUGAGUGGUCUUCUCACAUCAUCCUUUAGGCAGCAUCAAGAGUCCCUGGCAGCAGAGAGAGAGAGGCGGCGGCAGGAGAGAGAAGAAAGGUUGCAGAGAAUAGAACGGGAAGAAAGGAACAAAUUCAACCGAGGGUAUUUAGACAAAAGAGAGGAGCAGAGACAAGCAAGAGAAGAAAGAUACAAAUACUUGGAGCAGUUGGCAGCUGAGGCGCGCGAGAAAGAAGCGAGAAGCCGGAGCGCGAGCCGGGGCAGAGGUGACCUCUCCUUGGACCUGACCUCCCCGGCGGCCCCUGCCUCCCCCACCCCUCUGAGCCAUAGCCCUCCUUCUCUAGACUCAGAGGGGGCUCUUGCGGGAUCAUCCUCCGCUCCGGGAACACCUCAGCACCCCCAAGCAAGUGCUGGGGAUCUGGAGCCUGGACCGGAGGUGGAGGUGGGGCAGGGCGCAGACGAGGCCAGCCCUGAAGUAGACCCUGCCUGCGAGGGAGCAGAGCGUGAAUCGGAGCGAGCAUUGGAGCAAGAGCCAGAAGAGCGGGCCUCCCUCAGUGAGAAAGAGAGGCAGAGCGAGGAGGUGAACGAGAAGGACAACUGCUCCGCCUCCAGCAUCUCGUCCUCCAGCAGCACGUUAGAGAGGGAGGAGAAGGAAGACAAGCCCUCCAGGGACAGGGGACCUGGUUUGUGGUCCACGGGUGUUCAGGAUGCUGGUGUAAAUGAACAGUGUGGCGACAUCCUCACCAACAAACGGUUCAUGCUGGACAUGCUGUAUGCCCAUAACAGAAAGCCCACAGAUGACGAGGAGAAGGGGGAGGGUGAGACCGGCAGGGCUGAGCCGGGCACGGAGCCAGUAGCCAGUCUGGCUAGCAGGAUAUCCACCCUGCAGGCCAACUCUCUGGCCCAGGAUGAGAGCGUCAGGAGGGUGGACGUUGGCUGUCUGGACAAUCGGGGCAGCGUGAAAGCCUUUGCUGAGAAAUUCAACAGUGGGGACCUGGGGAGAGGGUCUGUCUCUGCUGAUGCCGAGCCUAAUGACAAGGUCCCAGAGAAAGCAUCUGCACAGCAGAAGACGGAAUCUGACUACAUUUGGGACCAGCUCAUGGCCAACCCGAGGGAGCUGAGAAUCCAAGACAUGGAUUUCACUGACCUGGGGGAGGAGGAUGAUGUCGACGUCCUGGAUGUGGACCUGGGUCCCAGGGACGCUCCGGGGCCUCCACCCCCACCCCCACCCACUUUCCUGGGUUUGCCUCCCCCACCCCCACCGCCCCUGUUGGACAGCGUGCCUCCCCCUCCUGUCCCUGGUAAUUUAUUGGCUCCUCCUCCUCCAGUGUUCAACGCUCCUCAGGGCUUAGGGUGGCCCCAGGUACCCCGGGGUCAGCCAGCAUUCACGAAGAAAAAGAAGACCAUCCGUCUAUUCUGGAAUGAAGUGCGGCCGUUCGAGUGGCCAUGUAAGAACAACCGCCGCUGCAGAGAAUUCCUGUGGUCGAAACUGGAACCUAUUAAGGUGGACACUUCCAGGCUGGAGCACCUGUUUGAGUCUAAGUCUAAGGAACUGUCCGUCUCAAAGAAAACUGCUGCAGAUGGAAAAAGGCAGGAGGUCAUCGUCCUGGACCCCAAGAGGAGCAAUGCUAUUAAUAUCGGUCUGACAGUGCUGCCCCCUCCGAGGACCAUUAAGAUAGCCAUUUUGAAUUUUGAUGAAUACGCCUUAAACAAAGAAGGAAUUGAGAAAAUUCUAACCAUGAUUCCCACCGAAGAAGAGAAGCAGAAAAUCCAAGAGGCACAGCUGGCCAACCCUGAUGUGCCACUGGGCAGCGCUGAGCAGUUCCUCCUCACUCUCUCCUCCAUCAGCGAGCUCUCAGCUCGGCUUCACCUCUGGGCUUUCAAAAUGGAUUAUGAAACGACAGAGAAGGAAGUGGCAGAACCACUUUUGGAUCUGAAGGAAGGAAUAGACCAACUGGAGAACAAUAAAACCUUGGGCUUUAUCCUGUCUACUCUCUUAGCCAUUGGGAACUUUCUAAAUGGAACCAAUGCCAAAGCGUUUGAGUUAAGCUACCUCGAGAAAGUUCCAGAAGUCAAGGACACCGUGCACAAGCAGUCACUUCUCCACCACGUGUGCACCAUGGUGGUGGAAAACUUCCCAGACAGCUCGGAUCUGUACUCAGAGAUCGGGGCUGUCACCAGAUCAGCCAAGGUUGACUUUGAUCAACUUCAGGAUAAUUUGUGUCAGAUGGAGAGAAGAUGCAAAGCUUCAUGGGAUCACCUCAAGGCAAUUGCAAAACAUGAAAUGAAACCCGUUUUAAAACAAAGGAUGUCAGAGUUCCUAAAAGACUGUGCAGAGCGAAUUAUAAUAUUAAAGAUUGUCCAUAGAAGAAUAAUUAACAGGUUCCAUUCCUUUUUGCUCUUCAUGGGCCACCCGCCUUACGCGAUUCGGGAAGUGAACAUAAACAAGUUCUGCAGGACCCUGAGUGAAUUUGCACUGGAGUACCGCACCACCAGGGAACGGGUUUUGCAGCAGAAACAGAAACGGGCCAACCACAGAGAGAGAAAUAAGACCAGAGGGAAGAUGAUCACUGAUACCGAUGAAGAGGAUGAAGUGGAGUCGGGCAAGUUCGGCGGCGGUUCCGCGGCGCCCCUGAGCCAGCCGCAGGGCCUGAGCUACGCGGAGGACGCCACCGAGCACGAGAACAUGAAGGCCGUGCUGAAGACCUCGUCGCCCGCCGUGGAAGACGCCACCCCGGUGCUGGGCGUCCGCACGCGCAGCCGAGCCAGCCGAGGAUCUGCCAGUUCAUGGACUAUGGGAACGGAUGACUCCCCCAACGUCACGGAUGAUGCGGCUGAUGAGAUCAUGGAUCGCAUCGUCAAGUCAGCCACCCAGGUGCCCAGUCAGCGAGUGGUGCCUCGGGAGAGGAAGCGCUCCCGGGCCAACCGGAAAUCUCUGCGAAGGACCCUCAAGAGCGGCCUGACUCCGGAAGAAGCCCGAGCUCUGGGGCUGGUUGGCACCGCAGAGUUGCAGCUGUGACACCUGUGGGCGCCCUAAGAAGCACGUCCAAGAUUAUGCCAAAUCCUGCUGGACAGAGCCCCCCAGCUCGGGGGAGAAGAGACUGGACGUUAACAUCCGAAGGUUCUGACGGGGAGUUGUCUGCGUUGCUAGCGUCCGUGCGUGGCCCGUGGGCAUAGAUGGGGCGCUUGCACGGGCUCCCGCACACACUUCCUUCAUUGUGUCAGCUAUGUUUUUCUCUGGUUCCCUUGUCACCUGGUUUAGUAGUUCCAAAGUGUGACACCUUUUCUGUGCAAGGAGCAGAUCACUCCUGUCACGGUCCCUGUGAUCCUAGGAGGCAGUUUGAUUAGGUUCGCAGACCGGGUCUCUCCACAACACCAAACUAUCCAGAUGUAAACUCCAAAAUUGUACACAAAAAGAAAGCACAGGUUGUUUACGAGUUGUGGAUUUUAGAUGUACUAAAUGUUUAUACAAAUCCAUAAAUGUACACCAUGUUUCAAAUACUAAAUAAAUAGAGUUUAAUGCCGUAA